AUGCAGGCAGGCGAUUUGAAGGGAUGGGCUGAAAAGAUUCACCCUAACCUGAGGUCGACGGUGUACUGUGAUGCCAUCGCUGCAGGUGGUACAGAAGAGUGGAACUUUGGCUGGCAGAUGUUCCAGAAGGCCACAGUCGCAGCUGAAGCUGUCAAACUGAGAUCGGCUCUGGCAUGCACCAAAGUGCCCUGGUUACUGAACAGGUACCUGGAAUACACUAUGAACCCAGAAAAGAUACGCAAACAGGACGCCACUUCUACCAUUGGGUACAUUGCCAGUAAUAUUAUUGGACAACCUUUGGCAUGGGAUUUUGUCCGGGCAAACUGGGACUAUUUCUUCAAAUUGUACGGCACUGGAUCAUUCACUUUCUCCAGACUGAUUAGUGACGUCACCUAUAGAUUCUGCACACCAUUUGAACUCAGUCAGUUGAAACGCUUCCAAAAGGAUAAUGCUGAGACCGGAUUCGGCUCGGGAACUCAAGCGCUGCAGCAGGCCAUCGAGAAGACAACAGCCAAGAUUAAGUGGCUGGCGGAGAACAAGGAACCGGUUCUUCAGUGGUUCCUCUCAGAAUCAGCGUAAAACUCACAUCU